AUGACGCUGGCCCGGCUCAUUGCCAAGGCUACCAAGUGGCCAACCUUUUUGGGCAGCAUCCUCCUGCUCUACUGGUCGGUUGUGUUUGUGGCCCUGUCCUACCAUAUUAAGUGGCUCAAGCUCAAGGGCCGACGAAACGAUGUGCUGGGCUGGGCGGCCGGCAUGAAGUGGUGGAUCCGGUGCCGCGUGCUCAAAGUGGGCACCCAGGAGCUGUACCGCGGCCAGUGCGUGUACUUGUUCAACCACCGCAGCUGGGGCGACUUCAUUGUGGACCAGUAUGUCACAGAGGGGCGGUCCCUCUUCAUGAGCAGGCUGGCGGUGCUGGGUGUGUUCCCCACGUUUGUCAGUGCUCUCGUGGUGCUUAAGAGUAUCAUUUUGUUCAAGCGUGGCAGCGUGGCGGAUAAGGAGAAGUUCAAUCGGUGGAUUGACGAGCAGCGCGCCGCCAGCCCCCAGCCGGGGCUGUCGGUCUACCCUGAGGGCCACCGCAGCACGCUGGGCGAGCCACUGCCCCUCAAGCGCGGCAUGCUGCACUACGCCUUCAGCCGCAAGCUGCCGAUCGUGAUCGGCGCCAACAAGGAGGCAAUCAUUUCGGAGAAGCACUGCACCGCCAGGCUGAACCAGACUGCUGUGGUGGGCUACUCAGCCCCCAUCAUGACUGCCAACUACCCUUCAUUUGACGCCUUCUGGGAGGAGGUGCAGGAGGCGUGGAAUGCGCAGUGGGCCGCCGUGUUUGGCGCCGACUGGGACGGCCUGCCGGAGCUGGCGCCGCAGGAGCCCGACACCGAGUACCCGGCUUCCAUUACGCUGGGCAUGCUGGGCGUCGUGGUCGCCAACAUGGCUCUGUUCUGCCUCACCUGCUGGCUCUCCUUCCGCUUCUGGCGCUGGCUCUUCGCGCUGUUUGGUCCGGCACAGCCCGUGGCGCUGGCAGCGGCGGCAGGCUAUCUGGCACUCGCCUUCUGGCUCUACUCGCGGCCUGUCAACGCGCUGCAGCUGCACGCAGAGAAGCGGCGACCCGGCCAGCUGGCGCAGUCGGCGACGAAUGUGGCGGCGCUAGACGGAAAGAAGGCCAGCUGA